AUGGUUUUUUUCUUCACUUCGUCUACCACACAGCCCAUACCAUCAAAACCCGGUACAUUGCACGAUCCCUCUCCGCCAAAAAAGGAUCCGUAUCACCUCAUCUACUUCAUCCUCAACUACUUUUUCAUCGUCGUGGCGCCUGUAUUGCUUGCCGCUGGUAUCUACACCAUUCUAUCGGCAUUGAUCCCACGAGUAGGGACCAGGUAUUCAUUCCUACCCCCAAAGGUCAUCCUAGCCUUCUUCAUUACUUCAGAUGUCAUCUCAACAAUCGUCCAAGUCGCCGGGGCGUGUCUCAUUGGCAUUACAGAGUCGCGCCGGGAAGAUCCCACGACGGCGAACAAUAUCCUCUUGGGUGGCCUUGCGUACCAGGUCUUCGUUAUGAGUAUUUUCGUCAUCGUGGCGGCGAGCUUCCAGUUCCGAGCUCGGCGUGCUAUCAGAGCAAAUGGGCUGGGGCUCUUCUGCUUGGCUUUUUCAAUUUCGACCCUCAUGGUUUAUUUGAGAACUAUCUUCCGUCUUGCGGAAACUGGUCAGGGUCUUAUGGGAGAACUGCAAACCAAUGAGGUCUACUUCGCUUGUCUUGAAUUCGCGCCUAUUGCGCUAGUGGUUCUUCUCUUUGCUGUCUGGUAUCCUGGCCGCUGUGUAGGCGCAGUGGUGCGGGUUAAUGAUAAACCAUAG